GAGGAGUUAGUCAUGCUGAGUUGCAUAAAAACGUGGCAGCAGCGACUGCAGAAUUGAGACACGUAAACACAUUUACUUCAUCAAGCGAGGGGGCAGCUUGGGCAGCCGAUAGCAGAGCAGUCAAUUCAACUAGCCCCCUGCAGUGACGUCAGCAGUGUGUGAGGCACUGUCCAGGGCCUUUUAGGGCUGAAGUGAGGAGCAACACGGACACCCAACAGCUCUGGAAAAAUACCACAGACGAAUAAACAUCACAAAAUGGGAAACGUUCAACCAACAAUUGUGCCUUACCCAGACUUUGAUGUGGUGGCGGACAUUAAAGCAAUCCGCAAAGCGUGUAAAGGGUGGGGGACCGAUGAACAAGCCAUUAUCGACAUUUUAGCAAAUCGCUCAGCAGCCCAACGCUUGGAAAUAAAACAAGCCUAUUUCGAAAAGUACGAUGAUGUGAGUAUGGAUCCAACAUUGCCCGUGACCAUGAACAAGAAUAAGCAGGAGCUGGAGGAGGUUCUGAAGAAAGAGCUGUCAGGGAACUUUGAGAAAGCCAUCAUCGCCAUGCUGGAUGCUCCACAUGUCUACGCUGUGAAGGAACUGAGAAAGGCCAUGAAGGGGGCCGGCACUGACGAGGAUGUGCUGGUGGAGAUACUGUGCACAGCCAGCAACGCGGAGAUUCUGACUUAUAAAGAUACCUACUUCGAAGUGCAUGAGCGAGAUCUGGAGGCGGACAUCGAGGGGGACACCAGCGGCGAUGUGAAGAACCUGCUGAUGUCCCUCCUGCAGGGUGUGAGAGAUGAGACCUACGAUGUAGAUGAAGCCCAGGCAGAACAAGAUGCCGCCGCUUUAUUUGAGGCUGGGGAGGGCCGCUUUGGGACAGAUGAAUCCACCUUCACCUACAUCCUGUCACGCAGAAACUAUCUGCAGCUGCAGGCCACCUUCAAGAUCUAUGAGUCGCUCUCUGGAACUGAGAUCUUGGAUGCCAUCGACAGUGAGACUUCUGGAACACUGAAAGACUGCUACAAAACUCUUGUGAGGUGUGCCAAGAGCCCGCAGCUCUUUUUUGCCCGACGGCUGAACGCUGCCAUGAAGGGAGCGGGCACAGAUGAGGACACCCUCAUCCGCAUCAUCGUGUGUCGCUCUGAGAUUGAUCUGGAGACCAUCAAGGACAUGUACCUGGAGAAGUAUGACGAGUCCCUGAAGGACGCCCUGAGGUCUGAGUGCGGUGGUGACUUCAAGCGGCUGCUGUUGGAGAUCCUUCACUGAGGGAUGACUCACUGAGGGGGAAAAACACCCAGAGCGGAUCGAGUUACUAACUCCACUCACAACCAUUCCUACUGUAUUCAGACACAUAACUAGCCAUGAUCGCAGUGUGUUAAGCACAGCUGUCUGUCGUUCAAUCUCACCCUUUUGUUACCAAAGUAGUUGCAUUAGAAAAUAGCGUCAGGAAAGGCAUAAGCUGGAAUGUUCCUAGCAUUUCUAUGUCAGCUUUUGAAAUGACUUUUUUGGACUUGGUGUUUUAUGUCUAACGAUACUGUCUUUUACCCAGUAUUUUUUCAAACAAAGUCUAAAAGAUUUUAAGCAAUUAUUUCAACCUUUAUAUUUAUUGUUAAGUAAUGUACUGAUAAUUCGCUUAUAAUUCCAGUUGUGCUUGAAAUUCCCCAUUAUUAUUUCUUGUGAGCUACUGCCAUUUCUUCCAUUUCUCUGUGGUAGACAUCAAUGAGCCAUUCUGUGUCCAGUUGGACACCUGUACUAUGAAACCUCAAGUACAGGGGCAUCAAACUCAGUUCCUUGAGGGUUUUUUUCAAGAAGCUACUCAUUGUCUGUACAAAUUCCCAGUACAUAACUGAUCAGUUUAUUUAUAGCCUCAAAAAUUAAGUUAAAGUUGUGUAGUAACUGGGAUUAAUAAUCAAGAGAAAAUGAGAGAAGUGAAGGAAAAUCCUGCUUAAUCAUUGCUCUCAGGGAACUGAAUUUGAUGUGGUUUUGUGAUUAUGAAUCGCGGGGUAGUGUUGUACUGAGGAACAUUGUGAAGAACUUUGUUUGUGUUUCUGUCAAUCUGAUUGUUAUGUUGUGCCAGUAUCUACCAGCCCAGUGCACGGUCCACAGUGUUACCGCACCAUUAACUGCGUGACAAAAAACUUGGGUUGUUUAUGCAAUUCUGUCUGUCUGCUGUAAUGAUACCACUGAUGUGCUGAACAAUAUGGGCAUUUGUUUCGGAAUGGAUUCUUUUGACAAUGAAUACUGUAUUAGUUGUGAGCUUACCCAGUCUGGAGAAUGCCUCAGUUUCCCCCAACAAUCAAAAACAACAACAACAACAAAAAAAAAGUCAGAAACAAAAAAUGGACAACCAGCUGCCUUGCAUCCCAAUGUCACACAUGGAAAAAAAAAUAUGGUUUGGUAAAAAGCUGAAUACCUUUUCAGUUUUAUUUUCAAUUGAAGACUAAUACAUCCUAAUAUAUAACACAUAACUAAUGUAUAUUGUAAGCAUAUUCACUUGUAUUUAGUGAAGUAUUAACUUUGGUAUGUGUGAAUAUUAUCUAAACAUGGAUGUAUGAGGAGGCAGUACAGAUCUAGUGUCCAGGAGACAAACUUUGUCCCAGAAGUUUUGAAGCUAUAGGGAGUAAUGGAGUGCGUUAUACUGCUGUCUGAUCUUUGAGGGGUCUAAGUGAUUUGAUGGUGUCAUCCUGGCAGCUGCAUUUCUAAUGUCUUUCUUAAAUCGAUUCAUAAUCAGUAUUUUAAUUGUCUGCUUCUUAACUGAAGGUUUUGUGAGAUUUGUGAACAUUUUUCGAAAUGCAUACUAAUAUGAAUUCCAUCCAGGGGAUUAAAUGUUAUUAAAAAAUUAGAAGUAAUAAUGAGGCAGUUAUAGGAAUACUUGAGUGAAAUGCACACUGCAUAUGUAAUAAUAAUAAGAAGACAAUAAAAAUAUAAGUCAAAAA